UGCACGUGUUGUCUCCCUCAAUAUUUUCGUCGAAAUAUCGGCAUUUUACCAAAAUAUUGACACUAUUUAGUCGAUUUUUUUUGGCGAUUUUUCCUCCGAUAAUCAGUAAUCGAUUUCAUAUCGACACCUUCAAUGAUAUUUUGUGAAAAUAUUAGUGAAAUUGCCCCAUUUUUCAAUCCAUGGAUAUAAACGAGAUGAGGUAGGAUUAGAGGCAGCUCACCUCAUCCCCAUUUCUAUUACUUUUUCGUAUCCUGUCCCGUUUCCCUUCUUAAAUUAGGUGGAUUGGGGAUUAUUCAUCCCCAUUAGUCUUAUUUCCUUCCUUAAACUAGUUGGAUUUGGUAUAGAGAAUCCCCGCUGCGAGGACUAAGUUCUUCCUGCCGAUGAUUAUCCUUCUUGUCCCAUUCCCUUUCUUAGAAUUCAUAUAUCAAGUUUUUUUUAUAUAAAUUUUUAAACAUAAAAUUAUAUAUGAAUCAUAUAUUUAAAAACACCCUCUCCUGUCUACUGCCUAAAGCAGCUUAAGGAAAGACCGGGGCUGAUUUGCAGAAUCAUUUUGGACCCGACCCGGGUCAAGAAAUCAGUCGCGAUGGAAAAGGGUUUGGCUCAGCUUCUGGGGCAGAAGCCAGCAAUGGAGGUCGGGGGUCUCUCAAGAAACGGAGAAAAGAGGAUGAAACGGAAAGAUAUACUUGAAAAAAAGAAGGCAGUUGAUGAAGCCAUGAAAGCAGCUUCUUCUGUUAAAGACCCUCUUGUUUCUUUCUCUCCCUUCUGUCAUUAUGAUACAAUUGGCCUAUCUGUACAGUUGAAAUCAGGGCGUGGUGAUAAGCUGUCCUCUCCCAUGAAGCAGUACAUUCAAAACCUCCUUAAGGUCAAUAUGGAGGGGUCAUAUGGAUCUGAAUGGCCUGCGGAAGAGAAGGUGAAGCGCAGGGAAAUGGUUGCUCCAGAAGCACGGUACAUAUUUGUGCAUAGCUUUCCAGAUUCUGGCACUAAUGAGAUGACUGCACUGUUGGGAACUGGAAAGACUUCUAAUACAAUCACAGGUGCUAGGGCCACCAUUGUUGGAUUUGUACAAUACCGCUUUACUAUAGAGGAGGACCUACCUGUUGUUUAUGUGUAUGAACUACAGCUUGAGCCUAGUGUGCAAGGGAAGGGAUUGGGUAGAUUCUUAAUGCAACUAAUUGAGCUUAUUGCUUGCAAGAAUUCUAUGGGUGCUGUGGUGCUCACUGUUCAAAAAGCAAACUUUUCAGCUAUGAAUUUCUAUAUAGGUAAAUUAAGAUACACUAUAGCAAGUAUUUCACCAUCAAGAGUCAAUCCAUUGAUAGGAGUUGACAGCAGUUAUGAGAUUCUUUGUAAAGCAUUUUCUGAUGAAGCUAAAGCUAAAUUGGAGGUUACCAGUGACGCAUUAUCAAGUCUGUUGGUUGAAGAAGAGAUGAAAAAGGAUAAGGAAGAGGAGGAUGGAAGGAAAAAACAGAGAAGAAGAGAAAGCGAAAAAUGAAGUUUAAUUGUUCAGGGGCACUAAUGAUGUGCUGUUGAUCAGAUCAGAUAAGAUCAGAUAGAAGAGAAGAAUGGAAGGAUGAUGUAACUCUUAUCAUCAAGGUUCAUUUCCAUCAGAAUUUGCGGUAGGGUAUGGAAGAUAAUGGGAUUUGCUGCAGGAGGUUUUGGAGGGGAUGCUCUUGCCUCCCAGUGAUACCGUCUAGCUUGUCUUAGUUUUGCCAAUGGUUGAGAGUACUGAGGGUCUUGUCACUGCGAGUAGUCAUUUUGCCAUCGUUUAAGUUUGAUUGAAAGAUACCUUAUCCUUCCUUGCACCUUUUCCUUUUUCUUAUGUGGAAACAAAUAGAUAUGUAAAAAUGAUAGUGAAAAUAUUUGGGUCAGAUGGCUAUUGCUUUGUGCAUAACGCCUUAACAAAAUUAAAAGAAAUUUCUUUUACA